AUGGAAUCUACUAGUCCUGAUGCUGAGAGAAGUGAUAAAUGUGCUAUCAAUGGGGACUGCUCACCAGCAUUUAAUAAUGACUCCACAAGUUUAAAUCACUCGAAAAAUAUUGAUGACAUCUCUACGCCUUCAGAAUUAAAAUUCGAUGAAGACUUUGAGUUCGAGGACCCUGAUGUCACCGAGAAGCGAAAAGAAUUGGAAAAAUGCCUUAUGAACCCUGAUGUAGUCAAUUUAGAACAAUGGGAGAAUUUUGCAAAAAGUAAAAGUGGCUUAAUUUCUGAUGAAUAUAGGAGAAAAAUAUGGCCACUUUUAGUAGGAGUGACAAAGGAAGAGAUGACGGAGCCUCCAUCACUUGAUGAACUAUCUACUCACGCAGAGUACAAUCAGGUAGUAUUAGAUGUCAACAGAUCUUUAAAGAGGUUUCCACCAGGCAUUCCAUAUGAACAAAGAGUGGCGCUGCAGGAUCAGCUCACAGUCCUCAUACUCAGGGUCAUUAUGAAGUACCCACAUUUGAAAUAUUACCAAGGUUACCAUGACGUUGCGAUCACAUUGCUAUUGGUUUGUGGGGACAAAGCGUCGUUUCCUCUCCUGUGUCGCCUGUCGUACGGUCCAAAGGCUCCCCUCGCGCCGUUCAUGCAAGCUACCAUGCAGCCCACACAGCACUUGCUAAACUACAUGCUGCCAGUACUACGUAGAGCUGAUCAUAGAUUAGCCGAGUGCUUGGAUAAAUCUGGCGUGGGCACAAUGUUCGCGCUGCCCUGGUACCUGACGUGGUUCGGACACAGCCUGAACCGUUACGCGGACGUGGUGCGUCUCUAUGACUACUUCUUGUGCGCGCCGCCACUCUUCCCCGUGUACGUGACGGCGGCCAUCGUGCUGCAGCGUGCUUGCGACGUGCUCAACUGCGACUGUGAUAUGGCGAUGAUGCACUGCUUGUUAUCUAGGUUACCGGAUGACUUACCAUUUGAAGACAUCUUGGUUACAGCGAAAAAAUUAUAUGAAGAAAACGAUCCGACUGAUCUCGAGGCCGAAGUCGCCGCCUUGGAGAAAAGAGAAGAGGAGCAGCGCAAGUUGGACGAGGAGCGCAUGCGCGCGCGCGCGGCGGCGCGGCGGCCGGCGCCGCGGCGCUGGGCGGCGCUGCGCGCGCCCGCCGCCCGCCGCGCCGCGCUGGCCGUGGCCGCCGCGCUGCUCGCCGUGUACGUCUACUACCGCCCCGACCUCUUCAGG